UCACGUAUCUAAGACCGAUAUUUCACCAGAACCCAACCAGCACGCCAUCCGUAACGUCGUCUGCCCUUGCACUCUAACCCUUGACCUUUUGGCGCCAAUUUCAAGUAGGAACCAAGAUGGCGUCGCUUCAGGACAAACAUCGUAAGGUACGAUACUGGUUGGAGCAGAUGUUUGAAGGAGAGACAGUUCCUCAGUAUGAGGUGAAUGAAACCACCAUCACCGUCCUGUACGACCUGGCCUGUAAGAAUGAGGCUGUUAACAAGGACACCAGACUUCUGCUGGAGGACCUGGGGCAGAAGGCUGAGGAGUACAAUGCAGAAGCAAGAAGACUUUCCAGAACCCUUCGGUCAGUAGGCUUAACACCAGAGAGCCUGACCAAAACUGGGACUACAGCUCUUAGCACACUGGUCGGCACAGCCCAAACACUAGAACUCAAAAACACAUCAACAACAAGCUAUCUGUUGGCCAUGAAGGACAUUUCCCAAACAGCAUUAGAUGUGGAAGACUCUCGUAGGGAAGAGCAGCACCUUAGUAAGGAGCUUCUUAGGAAAACUACAACUGCCAUGGCACAUCUCAAUGCUAUUCAAAGAGAUGAAGAAUCACUGGAUCAGAGAGAGAAGAUGAAUGGUCCAGACCUGGAAAAGAAGGCCCAGACUGCUGUCUUCUUACAGAACAAGGCAGCAGAGUACAGGAACUCACUUCGACAACUUAGGGGGCAGCUGGAAGAUUCAGGAGUGGAUUCUUCCUUGUAUCACCAUAAGUUGGUCAAUCAGGCUGAGGAACUGGACAAGAAAAGGGAGAAAAUAGCUGACCUCAAGGCACAACUGGACUCAUACCACAGUCUGCCACCUGACAUUUCCCUGGCCAGGGUCAAAAUAGAGGAGGCCAAGAGGGAACUGGCUGGACUUGAAGAAGAAAUCAACAGAAAACUUGAAAUGAUGACUUUGUGAGAUCGCUAAACAAAAAUGUACAUGUACUGCAGGGUACUACCAGUGUCAUGACAAACAUCAGCUGUUACAAAUGUGUAUAAGGAAAAAAA